AGCACCAAGGACAGCGGUGUCGGCGGGCCCGUCAUCAGCACCAAGGACAGCGCCGUCGCCUCCGGACAAGAAGGCAGCCCGGAGCUGGGCCCCCAGCCCGUGCCCUCCUCGGCCAGCGCCUUCCGCCGCCGCUGCUGCCGCCUCUGCGUCUGGCUACUGCAGACCCUCGUCCACCUCCUGCAGCUCGGUCAGGUCUGGAGGUACCUGCGCGCCAUGUACCUGGGGCUGCAGAGUCGCUGGCGUGGGGAACGGCUGCGGCGCCACUUCUACUGGCAGAUGCUGUUUGAGAGCGCAGACGUGAGCAUGCUGCGCCUGCUGGAGACCUUCCUGCGCAGCGCGCCGCAGCUGGUGCUGCAGCUCAGCUUCCUGGUGCAACGCGGCGGUGUGCCGGACCUGCUGCCCGCCCUCUCCACCUCGGCUUCACUCGUGUCCCUGGCCUGGACGCUGGCCUCCUACCAGAAGGUGCUGCGGGACUCACGGGACGACAAGCGGCCUCUGUCCUACAAGGGUGCUGUGGCCCAGGUGCUGUGGCACCUGUUCACCAUCGCGGCUCGCAGUUUGGCCUUUGCACUCUUUGCCAGCGUCUACAAGCUCUACUUUGGCAUCUUCAUCGUGGCCCACUGGUGCGUCAUGACCUUCUGGGUUAUCCAGGGUGAGACGGACUUCUGCAUGUCCAAGUGGGAAGAGAUCAUCUACAACAUGGUGGUCGGCAUCAUCUACAUCUUCUGCUGGUUCAACGUCAAGGAGGGCCGCAGCCGCCGCCGCAUGACCCUCUACUACUGCAUCGUCCUGCUGGAGAACGCCGCGCUCACCGGCUUCUGGUACAGCAGCCACAACUUCUCCACCGACUUCCACUCGCUCAUUCUGGUCUGCGUGGUGGCCUCCAGCUUCGCGCUGGGCAUAUUCUUCAUGUGUGUCUACUACUGCCUCCUGCACCCCAACGGACCCAUGCUGGGUCCCCAGACGCCUGGCUGCAUCUGCCGUGAGGCUCCAGGGCCCUGUGGCCCACCAGCAGAUGCUGUCACAAGUCCCCCAAGGUCCCUGCCCAGGACUACAGGCACUGAGCGGGAUGGGGUCUCAGCGGGAGGCGAGCGUGCGGGGACUCCCACACCGCCUGUCUUCCAGGUGCGGCCUGGCUUGCCUCCUACACCCGUGGCCCGCACCUUGCGGACAGAGGGGCCCGUCAUUCGGAUUGACCUGCCUCGUAAGAAGUAUCCUGCAUGGGAUGCUCAUUUCAUUGACCGACGGCUCCGGAAGACCAUUCUGGCGCUGGAGUACUCCUCGCCCACAACGCCCCGGUUGCAGUACCGAAGCAUCGGGACCUCCCAGGAGCUGCUGGAGUAUGAGACCACAGUGUAGGCCAGUCUCCCCCCAAGAAGGGAUGAGUUUUGGCUGACCCCACAUCGACCACAGUGUUGAGCCCAGAAUUUCAGGGCCACUGGGCUAGGGGGGAAUGGAUCUGUGGGUCCAAGAGGAGAGUGGCCCCACCACUGGGUUCUUUCAUGGGAGGAGGCAGCCUUGUGGAGGCCCCAGCCCUUGGCCCUGUUUUCAGCCCUGUGGCCCAUUUCCUAAACUCCCCUGAACCGGGGCCCAGGGAACCAACUGGUGCUAUGCUCCUGGUGAGCUGUCCCACCUUCAUGGAGGCCUCUGUAUCAUGGCUGGUGCCAGGGACCCCAUACCCUCCCCCCUGCCAGGAGUUGCUCAACUGGUGGACCCACCAGAGAAGGGGGUCCAUGACCUAGGCCCUGUGCUCAUCAGGGGGUAUGGGGGUGUGGGAGGAGAUCUCUGAGAAGGAUGGAGGAGGCCAUGGAAGAUGUGGGGUGAAGUGGGAACAUCUGGUGGACAAAGUUGCUCCAGUUCCUAUGGGGUCUGAGUUCUGGAGCCUGGGCAGGAGGGGAAUUAAAGGAGGGAGUUGGGGUUGGGUGGGGAGUUGGGGUGGGGAGGGUUGACAGUGUUGGAGCUGGACAAGAGGAAGAACCCUGAGACACCUGAGGGGUCCAGGCUGGCAGAAGCUAGAAAGGGAGGCAGAUGUAGGGGAGGGGAACCUUGAUCCGGAGCAUAGAGAAUGUUCCUCAGGAAACACCCUUUGUUGUGGGCUCUCUUAUGGAUGGGGUCCCAGACACCUCAGGUGAAAUGUUUCAAGGAGCCAUUCUUUGUUCUAGUGAGCAUCUAGAACAUUUCUUCUAGAUAAAGGUCUGGAACACAACUGUCUAGAAAGAUACUCUGGGCUCAGUUGUAGAUGAGGUUCUGGCAUAUGUAGCAGAGGAACUGUUCUAGAGGGACAGUCUUAGUUCUAGAUUAAAUUCUGGGACACAUAGCUGAUAGUGUCCUAGGGAGUCAC